UUAUACCAUGCCAAUUUUUCAACAGGUAGGCAACCUUCUUUUAAAUUAAAAUAAAAUAUCUGUAUGAUAUAUAUUUUAACAGCUUUCCUUUCACUUUGCUGUCUAUGAAUCGUACCCGAAAGAUACAUCCACGGUUCAAAUAAUAUAUGGCGCAAAACUAACACACAGAGCUAAAUAUUCAAUCCAUGACAAUGGUAUUAAGUUCUCUUCGUGCUCAUUUCGUCAAACACCUCUCCGGCACUAUCACUAGCACUAGCAUCAUCACCAUCCGCCGCAUUCACAGGCUAAUUCCGUUCAUUCACUUUCCGAACUCCAAUUCUGCGCUUUCAAAAGAAAGAUACCAGCACCGGAAGCACAUCCAGACUGUAGCCCAAUUUUCCACCUUAUCGUCUGUUUCUUCGGAGUCUACAGCUAGUGAUUCAUUCACUUCUCCUUACUUCUCUGUUCGUAUUUGCUGUCAAAAGGAUGUAGCUGAUAUGCUCUCAGAGGCUCUUUUAUGUUUCGGAGCCAGUUCAACUACCGUGGAUGAAGAAGAAAGCAGUGAGAGAAGUGAUGAGAUAAUCAUUACUUCCAUCUUUUCUGUAUGCAAAGAUGUGAAAGACUGCAUUUCACUUGCUGCUGAUUCUAUAGGGUUGCAAAAAAUACCUUGUUUUGAAGUUGCUAUGCAUGACCAUACUGAUUGGAUAAAAGCUACACAGGAAUCGUUUCAUCCCGUGGAAGUUUCUGAUGGACUCUGGGUGGUGCCUGAAUGGACAACUCCUCCAGAUCUUCAAGCAACAAAUAUAAUUCUAAAUCCUGGCUUGGCAUUUGGAACUGGGGAGCACCCAACAACUAAGUUGUGUCUCCUCCUGCUGCGUGAUUUGAUAAGAGGGGGUGAACUCUUCUUGGACUAUGGAACUGGUUCAGGUGUUCUAGCAAUUGCAGCUCUUAAGUUUGGUGCAACCUUUUCAGUUGGUUUUGAUAUAGAUCCCCAGGCAAUCACAUCUGCUCGAUAUAAUGCUACUAUAAACGACAUUGGACAUGAGAAGUUGCUCUUAAGUCUUGUUCCUGGCAAAGGAAGUCUUCCCUCUGCAGAUUUUGAUUCAAGUAUGGACAUCGGUGAAACUGCCCAUAAUGCAGAAGUUGUAAAUAAGAGGGGAAAAUAUGACGUUGUUGUGGCAAACAUACUAUUGAAUCCUCUGCUUGAGUUGGCAGAUCAGAUUGUGUCCUAUGCAAAGCCUGGUGCAACUGUUGCUCUUUCAGGGAUCAUAUCUGAGCAGAUUCCUCGGAUCCUAGAAAGGUAUUCACCAUACCUGGAGAACCUCACAGUUUCAAAGAUGGAUGACUGGGCUUGCAUAAGUGGCUUAAAGAAAUGACCGAGUAGCAGCAGAAGGGAAAACAGAAGUUGAUUUUUCUAACGUUGAGGAACUUUGAGAAAUUCUGAUGUAUUGAGGGACUGAACUUUGCAUGUCAUUAACUUUUCGAGAGCAAUGCAUGGCCAGUUAAAUGUAUUAUUCAUCUGGAUAAGUCUUGUUAAAAGUAUAGAAACACCUGCUUCACUAACCACGAGAGAAUUCAUACUAAAAGAGGACUACCUCAAGAUCCUAAUUUUGUCGGCUAUUUAGUCUCUA